ACACCAUCGCAUACAACGCAACGCCGGGCGCGCGAGAAGGACAGAGACGGUUUGAAGAAGAAGAACAGUGACAGUCGGAGGGCGCGAGGGAGCGACAGAGAGACCAGCGAUCGCGGGUGCCGCAGCGGAGAAAGGAAAGGCGGAAGGAUUAUUCGGACAACAUGGCCACCACGAUCGACGACCGGCAGGAGUUGUUGGAGCAAUUCCAAGCGAUCGACGCAAACGGAGAUGGGUUCAUCAACGUCACCGAGCUGCGAAAUGCGCUGGACGUUUGCGGCUUCAAGAUGCCCGGAUACAAGGUGCGCCAGAUGAUAGAGGAAUACGACGACAAGCAACGGCUGGAGCACAAAGGUCGGCUCUCGUUCGAGGAGUUCGAGAAGCUCUGCAAGGAGCUGAAGGCAAACGAACUGGGUUCCACAUUUAAGCAGGUGGUUUCGAAAAAAGAGAAUCUCGAGACUUUAGGCGGAAUCUCUGAGGCGUCCAGCGAGGGCACCACGCAUUCCGUCAGACUCGAGGAGCAAUUGGCCUUUAGCGACUGGAUCAACACCAACCUGUCGCACGAUCCCGAUCUGAAGCACCUGCUGCCCAUUGAUCCCGAGGGGAAGACGCUUUAUGACAAGGUCAAAGACGGGAUACUGCUUUGUAAAAUAAUCAACCACUCCUGCCCGGACACCAUCGACGAGCGAACGAUCAACAAAAAGAACCUGACGUUGUACAAAAAGCACGAGAAUUUAACACUGGCUCUGUCCUCGGCUCAGGCUAUUGGUUGCAACAUCGUAAACAUCGACGCCCACGAUCUCACGAAAGGUUCGCCGCAUUUGGUGUUGGGUCUGCUAUGGCAGAUUAUUCGAAUCGGUCUGUUCAACCAGAUCACUCUGGAAAAUUGCCCCGGUUUGGCCACGCUUCUGCAAGAUGGCGAGCGAAUCGAAGAUCUGCUGAAGCUGUCUCCGGAAGCCAUACUUCUCAGAUGGGUGAAUCAUCAUUUGGAAAACGCCGGCAUUGCCAGACGGUGCAACAACUUCCAGUCCGACAUCACGGACUCUGAGAUCUAUACCUAUCUUAUCAAGCAAAUCGCGCCCAUCUCGACCGGUGUCACCCUUGAAGCCCUGAUGGAACCGAAUCACAUGUCCAGAGCGGAGAUCAUGCUUCAGCAAGCCGCGAAAUUGGGCUGCCGUAGCUUUGUAACGCCCAACGACGUUGUGAAUGGUAUCUACAAGCUCAAUUUGGCCUUUGUCGCCAAUAUGUUCAAUAAUUAUCCCGGAUUGGACAAACCGGAGAGCAACAUCGAAGGUCUAGAGUCACUGGAGGAGACGCGGGAAGAAAAAACUUACAGAAAUUGGAUGAACUCGAUGGGCGUGAUGCCGCACGUAAACUGGCUCUACUCGGAUCUGGCGGACGGUCUGGUGAUCUUUCAGCUGUACGACAUCAUCAAACCAGGCAGCGUAAACUGGAACAAAGUGCACAAGAAAUUCACGAAGCUCCGCAAAUUCAUGGAAAAGUUGGAGAAUUGCAAUUACGUCGUCGAGCUGGGCAAACAGAUGAACUUCUCGCUUGUAGGCAUCGCCGGGCAAGACAUUAACGACGGAAACGCGACGUUGACGUUGGCGUUGAUAUGGCAACUAAUGAGAUUGUACACGCUGUCGAUCCUAACGUCUCUGGCUGGCACUCAAGGAAGCACUGUCGUGGAAAAAGAGAUUGUUCAGUGGGUGAACUCGAAGCUCCAGGCAGCUGGAAAGACGAGCAGCAUCAAGGGAUUCCAGGAUUACGCGAUAUCGGACGGCAAGGUCGUUCUCGAUCUUAUCGAUGCGAUCAAGCCCGGUUCGGUGAACUACGAUCUUGUGAAAGAAGGCGGUACAGAAGAGGAAAGUCUGGACAACGCCAAGUACGCGAUAUCUCUGGCGCGGAAGUGCGGCGCGCGCGUUUACGCGCUACCGGAGGACAUCACCGAGGUGAAGCCGAAGAUGGUGAUGACGGUGUUUGCCUGCCUGAUGGCGAUGGACUACGUUCCAAACAUGGACUCGGUGAAGAAUCAGCAGAACAACGUGAACAACGUGAACAACGUGAACAACAUGAACAACGGCCAAUAAUGCCGGCGCCUCGUUCAUCGUCGUCGCGCGUCGUCUCACCUACGUGCCGUCUAUCUUUUGUACACAAAGAACUUUCGAUCGGUCCACCAUCGCGCGUCUCUUCCACGAGCGUAAUACUUGUACAUACGUAGGCUAGGUUAGCUUGUUCUUGAAGAGAGUUCUACUAUUAAGAGAGGCGUUGAAAGAAUUCGCGAGACGAGAAGGGGAAGUCCUUGGGGAAACCUCGAGAGAGAUCACGUUUGGUUCUCCCGUUUGUAUGCUUCAGUUUUGCAUUUACAAUUUAUAUAUGCAUUCCACUAUAGAGCACCGAUAUGUUUGAAAUGUUCGAAUUUGAAUUAUGAUGUGAAAAAAUAAAAGGUGUAACUCUGUUUGAUUGGAAUGUAUUCGAUCAGAUUCAUGCGCGACUUUACACCUUGCCGUUUUACGUGAUAGUCAAUAUACAAUAUGAGUUUGUUACGCUAGACUUCGUUUAAUGUGUUGAAGCUUAGAUACGAUUUGACCUAGGAUACAUAUGUCCGUACAGAGCUAUUAUUAGAUACUUUAAACAUAAAUUUUUAAAUAAGUAAAACUAUGUUAGAAAAAACAAAGAGAAGUGGCAAUACUUCCCGUCAAAGCAUUCGAAAAUUACGUCAUAUACUUAUAUCGUGCCAGAAAGAAUAUUGUAAAGAAAACGUAUGCAGCGGUUGUUAUAGUUACCAAACUAUAUUCGGCUCUGAAUAAGUUUUCUGUUACGUGCUCACGGAUUGUACUGAUUUAUUAUCGUGCGAUAGGAUUCUCCUUCUCCGUUGGUUUUUUGGCAAUCAUAUCAUCUCGUUUUUUCACGCUACUACUUGUCGUAUCACUUGUCAGAUUUGUAUAAAUCGAUUUUAUACCGAAGCGAGCAGAUAGGAAACACGCUAGAAACGCGCAUCAUCGAAGCAGUAUUUAAAAAAAAAAAAAAACAAAAAAAAAAACAAACAAACAAAAAACAAACACUAGCCACGCGUUCUAAAUGUAUGUACAGAGUGUUCGAAAUCUUAACUGGAAAUUGUUCGAGAAAAGUUACAAUUUCAUAGAUUUACUUAGCACAACAAAAUAUGCGCUUCCGGAACACGUCUUGCGAUAUUAAACGUCGCAAUUUUUUUCUCGCAAGAAAAAAGGAAUAUCCAUUUCUCGCUCGUCAAAGACUCACGAAAAAAAAAAAGACUUCUGCAACAUUUUGUAUACAUUUCGAGCAGAUAGUUUCGUCUUAUCUGACGCGCAUAGGUAGAUAGUUUUUGACACUCUCAUCUCAAAUUAUUAUACGAUACACACAAGUCGCGUAAUAAAAUUGCAUACUUAAAACGAGGUAUACGUACGUAUUUCAUAUAGUGUAUAGAUAUGUAAGAGAUUUUUGUGAUCUAUUUAAACUCUGUUGUUUUACGCGUUUUUCUAUCGGCGAUUCGCAGUGUUCAGAGGAGAUCAUCAUCAUCUAACGGUCUAAAGCUUAUCGGUAUGUUUUCGUAUUAACGUCGCAUGAAUGGAUUUUUAUAUACCGAACAUUAUUUAUAUGUUGAUCACAUAUAACAGUCGCAUAUCUUGUAUUUCUAUUUAUAUACGCAUAUUUCCGCGAGAUAUUGAUGAAGUUUUCUUUUUCUUUUUUUUCCCCCCUUUUUUUUCCAUAUUGCCUGGCUCUAAUCGUGAAACUAUUUCUGAAAGAGACGGCCUUGGAUAUAUUUCACCGUUGAGAAACUGCUCGUCACCAAUUAAAGCGCGAUAAUAGCUUCUCUAUGUCAGUAAAAUAUAUUCAAAAUAUUGUGUAUUCCAAAAAAAAAUAUUUGUCGGUCGAUGACGAAUCGUAUGUAUGCCGCAAAUGGACGGUUAACGAACGGUUAACGAUGUAACUAACGUUUACGCACAAAAAUUUAUUAUAAUCGUGCCAUUUACAAAUACGAGGUGUGUGACACGUGAUUCGAUAUUUAUAUUCAAUGUGAACGGAGAGAAACGUACUUAUACGUAUCUGCCAACGACAACGCAUUUGUACUUGCAAAAAAAAAA